AGUUCAAAUUAUAAGCAGUUAUUUGAUUGUGUAUCUAUCACAGCAUGUCUUCUAAGUAACUUGGUUUUUUUAUGUGCAGGAUGAGUUGGUUGAGCAGCAGACUCAGGGGACAUUUGUUGGCCAAGGUAGGGACGACAUUCUGACAACGGCCAUUGGAAGGCCCGAGCACCCAGGACGUGUACGUGGAGUUCCAGGGGCGAUUGGUCUUCGUGACUAUUUUGGCCCUACACAGAAAACCCCCCAAUCAAUGAGUCAGGAGACACUGAGGCAGAUGGAUCUUCAGUGGGAGGAAAGACUCAACCAAAGCAUGAGAUCAAUGGAGCAACGAUUCAUUGUGGCUGUCGGACGAGUGCUUGAGGGAGGGGAGACCAUUCAUGGUGUUGCCAUAUUACCCCAGCACGUGCGUGUGACCAUUGACGAGGUUCGGGAUCCCCAGGCUCAGGUGCCUGUACCCACUCCAGAAAUUAACUUUGUGGGGGAGGCCAUAGGAACAUUUAUUGCCUGGCCUAGAGCAUUGAUCAUGUCCCACAUCGCGACUCCACAGUUCACACGUCCUCAGAAGCAGCCAAUUCAUGAUACAGUCAUACAUGAAGAUGAUGACAUGGCUGAAGCAGAGGAUGAUCCUAUAUCAAAGUUAGUGACAAAAUUACCCAGAUUGAAGAAAGCAUCAUUACAACUAUACUGGGAUUUGAGGGUAUUUGGUCUUCCCCCACAUGUGCCAGUUUAUAUCACAUUUUCUGAUGCAUUGGAGGUGAUUGAGGGAGACAGGAUGUUGAAUAUUUCCAUCAUUCAGUUGUGGUGCAUGUACAUGGACACAAUCGUUGUAGACCAAGGUCGGUCUUCCAUGUACGGAUUUGUUGAACCUCAGACCAUUCAACCGUCUGGUAACACACUUCAAAACAGACAACAUUAUUUGCAAACAUGGAUGGAUGAGUCCAAAAGAGACAUAUACCUUGUGCCAUACAUUGACGGGUACGUGUUUUUAUAUGUGGUCAGUUUAUUAUUAUAGUUUCCUUAAUUAGUUGAAUAACUAUUUGUCCUUCG